AUGGCUACUGCUGCUUGCGUCAGUGUUACCACGGGAGUGAUGAAGCCCCUCUUACCCAAGCUUUCCGAGCUCCCGGAAGACGACAAUGUUGGUAAGACUACUACUGCAAAUCAAGUCUAUCAUCAUGCCAUUACACGCCAGUUUCCAAGAGUGAAGCUUUCUGUGUCAGUUUCUCGAAGUCCUAACAUGAUGGAGAUUCUAAGAGACAUUGCUCGAGUGGGAAUCACUGAUACAGCAGAAGACGAUGAGAAGCAACUCGUUAGUAAACUCCAAGAGCACCUCCAGAAUAAAAGAUACUUCGUUGCAAUUCAUGAUUUAUGGGACACAAAAGCAUGGGAAACUAUCAUGCUGGCAUUAUUGAAUAAUGACUAUGAGAACAGAAUAAUCACAACAACACGUAGUGUCGCAGUUGUGUCAUGCUGUUCUUUUGAAGGUGGGUAUGUUUACCACAUGGAGGAUCUUGAUUCCACAGACUCAAAAAAGCUGAUUUUCAGAAGAGUAUUUUGUUCGGAGGGUUCACACUAUCCCCAUUUGGAAUAUGUUCCCGAUGAGAUAUUAGGAAAAUAUGGAGGUUUACCGGUGGCAACCAUCAUUGUAUCUAAUGCUUUAGCUGAUCAACACACAAAAGCUGAAUGGGAGAGGGUACUACAUGCCCUUGGUUCUGGACUUCCCAUGCUAACUUUCUUGAUGCCUUUAGCGACUCUUCAUGUGUUGAUCCUAGAAGCCUGGUACUUGAAAGAUCACCACCUUGAAAAUAUUGAAAAGUUAUUUUAUCUUAAGUACUUGCAUCUCAGAUCAUACUCAAUAACUAAUCUCCCAAGAAAAAUUGGAGAGCUGCAGUACUUAGAAACACUGGACAUACGUGGAACUGCUAUUGUAGAAUUGCCAUCAACUAUGGCAAAGCUUCAGAGACUAGCCCAUCUAUACGUCGACUGGAACAUUACAUUUCCAGAUGGGAUGAUUGGGAAGAUGCAUAGCUUAGAAGAGCUAAUGACAUAUGGAGUCAAAUCCUGGGAACAAGGGAAGGCACUGCAAGAUUUCAGUAAGCUAACCAAGCUGAGGAGAUUAGCACUUAAAUGGAGUUUUGAUUGGCCAGAGGGCUUAGAAGGAAUAAGUCAGGCUGAAAGCUUUUAUAGUCGUGUGGGAACUUUAUUAGCUUCAUGCAGCCUUCACAGUCUGUAUAUUGUGGAUGCCUCUUAUGUGCAUUACCCAUUGUCAUUGGAUAUGUGGCGUCCUACUGCUCCUUGUAUCCUCCAAAUCCUCCAGCUCAAACAAUGCAUGGUCUAUGCAGUGCCCAAUUGGGUGGCCUCUCUUGGAAAUCUCAGGGUGCUGGAACUGAAUACCUUCUUCAUGAGAUCAGAAGAUGUUGAGAUUCUUGGAGCAAUAUCCAGUUUACUGUUUCUCAAACUAGUCACUAUUGGAGGAGCCAAUGGAAAGAUCAUUGUCCAUGGAAGCAACAGAUUCAGAAGUUUGAAAUAUUUCUCUCUGUUCAUUACUGGUGCUUGUGGGACCUCCCUGGAGUUUGAAGAAGGAUCAAUGCCAAAGGUUGAGCACCUCAAGCUUGAGUUUCCUGUGCACAACAUGUCAUGCAUUAGUAGUGCUUUCAAUUUGGGUAUCCAGCACCUUUCUGCCCUCAGUAAGGUUGAAAUCAAAAUUGUUGGCGACUGUGACAAUGACAUUAACUACGUUCCAGUGGAAGUUCUGGAUCAUGGCAUCGUCAAUUGCAUUGCAUAUGCCAUUAAAAAUGCUGUCGAGACACUUCCCAAGCACCCUACUAUCAGAUUUGAAACAGAGUACAAUGAUGGUUGUGAACAUUUCAGAUCUGUUUUGAGGUGGAUCAAUCAAAAGUAUGGGGUACUGACUGAGUGGUUCAAAGUGUGGGAAAUUGAAGCAGAGAUGACAGAGCAAGCAAGCAGCUGGAGAGAUUUUAUCUUUUGA